UCACUCUAUUCUUCAAAAAAAAAAAUACCGUCCAUCGUUUAUCUCCACUCCGAACUCGAACGGUUCUCGCCACCGAACAGCCGAGUUCUCACGCUGUACGGAGUUUUGUUUUGUACAAAUUGAAAAAUGGAGCAACAAAAGUCAUCUUUGAAUCCGGAUGCAGCAUCAUACUUACCAACUCACAAGCAAGAAGCAACUGAUAACCACAAACUUUCUGAGUUAACAACAGAAGAUUUUUUGAAGAGUGGUGAUGAGACUGCUAGCUCCUUUUCUCCUACUGAAGGCCACUGCAGGUCUGGAAAGCAUUUCCAAGCUGAAACUUCCGAAUCAGAUGUCCGUAAGAAUUUAGGUGAUCAGACGGGAGAGCAGUACAUUAAUGAAUCUCAAUUUCAACUUGAUUACCUGGCCUUCAUGUUUCCUGAUAUAUCAGAGAAUUUCCUCGCUCAUGUUUACUCUAUUAAUGGAGGUGAUGUGUAUAAGUCAAUCGACAUGUUGAAGCAACUAGAGUGUCCUCCUCAUUUGCUUCCUGAAUGUUUGCCAGGAAGCUCCAACACCGGGAAUGAGUUGGAAGGCAAAGUACAUUCUAGUGAAGUCGGUGCUUGCACUACAUCAUGUGAUCCUUAAGUCCUGCAUUAUUCACUGUAAUUCAAUUGAGAUCUCAAGACUAUUGCUAUCCUUCUUCUGGCUGUUGUGGAUAACUAACAAACAGAAUUCCUUGACAGAUUAAAAGUCAUAAGAGUUUCAUUUAGGAUAUAUCUGUUGU